AUGUUACAUCUAGGCCGUCUUCCAGUGAUAAAAUGCACCCCCCAGAUUGUCCGCUAUGCUUCCAAACUCUACACGUCUAAACCAGGAGAAUCGUAUGCUCACAAUGAUAAUUCCCAUUUAGGAGAUGCAAUUUCCAAGAACCUUGAAACUGUUCCUUUAGCAUACGACAAAAUCUCUCCUACUUCCGCUACAUCGAUUGUGAGAUCUCCCUUGAUUAUGGUUCAUGGUCUUUUCGGAUCCAAGUCCAAUACUCGUACGGUCGCAAAGCAACUUGCUAAUGAAUUACGCCGAGACGUCUUCUCAAUCGAUCUUCGGAAUUUUGGCUCUUCUCCUCACCACCCUCGCUUAGAUUAUCCUGCCCUUGCAGCUGAUGUAGAAAGGUUUAUUGCUAACGUGAUUACACCUGAAUACGAAUCUCAUAAACCUAUUUGUGUGGGCCAUUCAAUGGGUGCGAAAACAGUUAUGGCCCUUGCAUUGCGAGCUCCAAAAGUACCUGCAAUGAUUGUUAGUGUUGAUAAUGCACCAAUUGAUUGGUCAAAUGGAGUAUCAGGCGGAUCUACAUUUGCAAGAUAUGUUCGAGCACUUCGUACCGCAUUAGAGAAGCAUCGGUAUACAAGCAUCAAGGAUGUGGAUGCUGAGUUGGCUAAAGUUGAGCCAAAUUCUUACAUUAGACAAUUUCUACUAAUGAAUAUGAAAAGAGGGAAAAAAGAUGAACCUAUAGAAUCCAAGAUUCCUCUACAAAUCAUCGGUGAUGCCAUCGUUAAAGGAAAAAUCGCUCUGUGGCCUUAUGAUUGUCAUAUUAACCGUUGGAAUGGGCCUGCUCUUUUCAUUCGUGGUACCAAGUCUCAAUAUGUUCCUGAUGAUGUAAUUCCUACUAUUGGAGCGUAUUUUCCUGAUUUUGAAGUCCGUGAUAUUGACUCAGGCCAUUGGGUUAUCAGCGAGAAGCCAGAAGAGUUUAUAUCGAGUGUUACAGACUUUAUAACUAGGAAAGAAGAUGAAGAGGAAAUCUAUUGA